UCCUGCCUCUUGCUGUAUUUCUACGCUUAAAGGCAGUGACUGUAGUCACAUUUAAAGAGGAGAGCCUAACAACAAAAUCUGCUGUUCACUAAUAAACACAACCCACCAAAUCACAGCAGUAUGAGCUCAAAGGGUGGCACUGCCCUGUCCCGACGCAGCUAUCGCCUGGCAUCCGACACAGAUAAACCCAGAGUCACAGGGAUUGUCAAUGAGAAGUUACUGAGCGACUAUCUGCACCAUGUGUUUCCUGCCUCCAGUAAGCCAGGACCGGCGUCAGCAGCGUACAGGAAAACCCUGACGUUCCAGGAUCUCGGAGCUCAUCUGGAGAAGCUGCUGGCUGAAGAUAACGUCACUGAGGACAGCAGGGAUCAGAUUGAAGGCUGUCUUGGACCUUCAGCUGUGGUCUUGGAUCACAGCAGUGGGUUUGAAGGGCUGUUAUUUGUUGACGAUGACCUUUUGGGGGUCAUCGGCCACAGUAACUUCAGUUCCAUCAGAGCCACCACUUGUGUUUACAAAGGGAAAUGGGUCUAUGAAGUUCUCAUCUCAUCUCAAGGCCUAAUGCAAAUCGGAUGGUGCACACUGAACUGCAGAUUCAACCAAGAGGAAGGGGUCGGGGACACGCCGGACUCGUAUGCUUACGACGGAAACAGAGUCCGCAAGUGGAACGUGACGACCACCAACUACGGCAAGUCCUGGGCUGCUGGUGAUAUAGUCAGCUGUUUGAUCGAUUUGGAUGAGGGAACCAUUACGUUUUGUCUUAAUGGACAGUCUCUUGGUGUUGCGUUCAGCAAUAUUAAGACGGGGCCAGGCAUUGCGUAUUUUCCUGCAAUCAGCCUUUCCUUCAAAGAGUCUGUUGCCUUCAAUUUUGGCAGCCGUCCUCUCAGGUACCCCGUGGAAGGUUACCUUCCUCUUCAAAGCCCACCAACCACUGACCUCACCAAAGCCAACAGGCUUCUGGGAUACCUCAAGACCGUCCUGUCCACCUCCAUCGACACACAGGAGGAAAAGUUUGUGGUGAGGGACAGCGGAGCCUGGCAGAUUCAAGGAGACCCUACCAUCCUGGUCACCCUUGCACAUAUAUUCAACCACUUCGCACCUCUGAUGUGUAAAGUGUAUUUAGUGGAGGAUGUGCUGAUGAACUUCCUGUUGAGUAUUUUGGAGGGUGGAGGAUCUGUCGAAGAACAUCCUCUUAUACAUCAGCUGCUGGACCUUUUCUGGCUUCUCAUGGAGGAGCACGAGGUGAGCGAGUGUCUGAAACAGCUGAUGAUGUCUCUGCUAAGAGCGUAUCGUUUCUCUCCCAUCAUCCCUGAUCUGGGCUUUCAGAUUCAUUACCUUCGUCUGACCACAGCCAUACUCCGGCAUGAGAAGUCCAGGAAGUACCUGCUCAGCAACGUCUUGUUUGACGUUCUCCGGUCUGUGGUCUUUUUCUACAUCAAGACCCCUCUGAGAGUGAAAGAGGCGGGGCUGGAGGAGCUCAUCCCGACCACCUGGUGGCCCACACGCUUCGACAAAGAGGGCAAAGAUGAGAGAGACACACGCGAGGAGACGUCCGAGGAGAGGCUGAGACGGCGAGCGUACGAGCGCGGCUGUCACAGACUGAAAAAGAGGAUUGAGGUUGUGGAGGAGCUGCAGGUUCAGAUCCUGAGGUUAAUGCUGAACAACAAAGACAAGGGCACGGGCGAAGCUUCUCGGUAUAUUUUCCUGAACAAAUUCCGCAAGUUCCUUCAAGAGAACGCCAGCAACAGAGGGAACCCCACAGUGUUGUGUCCUCCUGAAUACAUGGUGUGCUUCUUACACCGGCUCAUCACGGCCGUCAGGAGCUGCUGGGAUGAAGGCAAGAGAAGAAGCCCAGGAUCCGUCAGCAGUGAAGAUGCGUAUGUCCCCCCUCAGCUCUUCUACAACGGGAAGGUGGAUUACUUUGACCUUCAACGUUUAGGAGGACUUCUCUCGCAUCUGAAAAAAACGCUCAAAGAUGACCUGGCUUCAAAAGCCAACAUCAUCAUAGAUCCUGCGGAGAUCCAGGCCACGUCUAUGGAUGAUUUGGAUGAAGAUGACGAAACCGGAGCUGCACAGAGACCGUCUGGCGCUGUGGCCAUGGGUGGGGCUCUGGCCCGUCCCAGCUGGUUGAGUUCCCCGACGCUGGGCAGAGCCAACCGCUUCCUGAGCACCGCCGCCGUCAGCCUCAUGACCCCUCGACGACCCCUCGCCCCGCCGGAGAAGGUCAAGAUCCGGACCCUCGCCGUGGAGCAGAGAACAGAAGACGACAUCGAGGGAAGCCAUGGUAACGAUGGGCUGUUGCUGGGGCGACCGUUCGAGGAGCCUGACCAGCCAAUCACAGAGAAGUCUCUGCUGGAGAUCCUGGACGGGGUUGUGAUGAUGUACAAUCUGAGCGUGCAUCAGCAGCUCGGCAAGAUGGUGGUUGUAUCAGAUGAUGUUCACGAGUACGCCAUCGCCCUAAAAGACACGGACGAGAAGAUCGCCCGAUGCCCAAGCAGAAGGCCAGAUAUUUUAGAAGAGUUGCAGAAGAGCCAAAAAGUGUUUGCUGAAAAGCUGAACCACCUGAGUCGUAGGUUGGCCUGGAUCAAUGCCACCAUCUACUCCAAGGAGAAGAUGCUGGAUGUGUACUGGCUCCUGCAGGUGUGUAUCCGCACCAUCGAGCAUGCGGACAGCACCGGCUCCCUGUUCGCAUUCAUGCCUGAAUUCUACCUCAAUGUGGUCAUGAACAGCUACAGCGCGCUCAAAAACUACUUCAGCCCCUCCAACUGCAUGGAGGAGCUUCCAGGUUAUGAGGACACACUCGCUCAGCUCGCAGCCAUUCUCGCCAAACACUUCGCUGAUCCGCGCAUCGUUGGCACUGAUAUCAAAGAUUCACUAAUGCAGGCUUUAGCCAGUUACGUGUGUUACCCACAAUCCCUGCGUGCCGUCGAGAGGAUCCCAGAAGAACAGCGGAUGGCUAUGAUGAGAAACUUACUGGCUCCAUAUGAACAGAGACCUUGGGCUCAAACUAACUGGAUCCUGGUUCGUCUUUGGAGGGGUUGUGGCUUUGGCUACAGGUACACACGUCUGCCUCAUCUGCUGAAGACCAAACCGGAGGACGCAAACCUGCCCAGCCUGCAAAAGCCCUGUCCAUCACUGUUGCUGCAGAGACAUAUGGCUGAACUCCUUAGUCAAGACAAAGACAUGGCUGCCAGUUUCCUCAACAGCGUCUUAAACCAGCUCAACUGGGCCUUCUCUGAAUUCAUCGGCAUGAUACAGGAGAUCCAACAGGCAGCUGAGCGUCCUGAGAGGAAUUUUGUGGACACGCGGCAGUUAAAAGUGUGCGCGACAUGUUUUGACCUGUCUGUCAGUCUGUUACGGGUCCUGGAGAUGACCAUCACUCUAGUGCCAGAAAUAUUCCUGGACUGGACCCGCCCCUCGGCCGAGCUGCUGCUGCGCCGAUUGGCUCAGCUCCUGAACCAGGUGUUAAAUCGAGUCACGGCAGAAAGAAACCUCUUUGACAGGGUGGUCAACUUGCGUCUCCCAGGUCUGGAGAGUGUGGAUCACUACCCCAUCCUGGUGGCUGUUACAGGGAUAUUGGUGCGCAUUCUGGUCGACUCUGAUAAACAAGGGAUCUCUAGAGCUGCGUCUGUGCUGCUGUCGGAUCCUUGCUUCCAGCUUCGCUCCAUCCAGUACCUGCUUGGAGAAGGAGAUGCCGGAGAUGCCGGAGCUGCCAGUGCCGACAGCAAACACUUCUCUCUGCACACAUAUACGGACUACAUCAGCACGGAGGAAGAGCAGAAAGUAGAACAGAUGCUAACUUUCCUGACGGAGGAGUCCAAGCAGGCAGCUGCCAGCACUGCGCCAACCAGUGAGGAUGAUCUCUGCCCGAUCUGCUAUGCACACUCCAUAUCAGCCAUCUUCAAGCCCUGCUCCCACAAAUCCUGCAAGGCCUGUAUCAAUCAGCACUUGAUGAAUAACAAGGACUGCUUCUUCUGCAAGGCCACUAUCACUGGAGUGGAUGAUUACACCAAACCAGCCAGCUCUUAGUGCGCCCUUUACACACUCACGCACACAUUUGGUGUUCAAAAAUCCACAUUAUGUACACUUUCCCCAAAGACUUCACUUCAAAAACACACAUAUUCAGGUUGGACUCUUUCUUUCCACUCAGUCCAUGUAUGGUCACCAUCCCGUCACUGUUGGCUCUGCCAGCUUUGCCCAUCUGUCCUGGCGUAUCAUAACAUUUUGUCUUCUGACGAAUGGAACAAGGCCUUGCAAGGCAAUAGCUUUUCCCAGGUUUCUUUAUGAUGAAUGGAUGAGAUCAUGUUUAGAGCCACGUGCCCAUGGUGCUUCUGAAGGAGCAGCUGAAAAGCUGAAUGUGGAAGAUCUGCUGAUAGAGACAGAGAGUGUCUCGCCACUGUCUCAGUCACAUCUCAUUUUGUCCUGGCUCUUUCAUCUCCAAUCUGCUCAUUUCUAUCAUUUCAUCUCAUCUAUUUUAGUCCUCUCUUUUCUCCUCUCCAUUUUUUUCAUAUUUUUCUUGCUUCACCUCGUAUUGUAUCAUUUUGUCUCAUUUUUUCUCAUCUUCAUUUUUUUAUCACGUUUGCCUAAUCUGUAAUCUACUCUAUUUUCCUGUUAUCCUUUAGUCUCUGCCCAUUUUCUCUUUUUCUCUUAUUUUUCUAUCACAUUCUAGUCUACCCUCAUAUUUUCUUUUCUCUCAUUAACAUGUU